AUGCCGCCCCGGAGAUCUCACAAGAAGUCCCGCAACGGCUGUGACCAAUGCAAAAAAAGGAGAGUAAAGGCAACUCCCGGUACUUCUCUUGCCGAGAUAUCCACACGGACAGAUGCCGCCUUAAGUGUCUUCCAGCGUAAUUUAACAGAUACGGCAUACUUCGUGCGAGAAUGGAACGGUCAAGACCCCGAAUUGAUGCACCAUUACUGCAUAUCCACAUGUGCUACCUUAUCAGAUCAAGAAGAUAUUCUCCACGUGUGGAGAACUGAGAUUCCGAAGAUCGCUUAUUCCUAUGAGUUUCUCAUGCAUGGGAUCUUAUCGUUCUCCGCACUACAUUUGUCAUAUGUCAAGCCCGAAAAACAUAGUCAUUACCUUAACAGCUCCACUUUCCAUAUGGCCCUUGGGCUUCAAACUUUCAGAACUAUACUCCGGAAACCAACAGCGGAGAAUUGCGUUGCCCUCUUCGCAUUCUCAAGCGUUAUCAUGAUCUGGAUAUGCGCGGUCCCCACCGACUCCAAGGAUGCACAGCCUCUGAGCAGUGUGAUUGAGAUGUUUAAUCUCUGCCGUGGCAUAACAUCUCUCCUGGAGUUCUUUCCAUUGAUUAGUAAGUCUUGUAUUGGGCCAAUACUUGCUCGGGACUGGAGAGAGAAAGGGGAUACGCCUUCUCGCCUAUUCCAUGGCCUUGAUGACCAGAUCAAUAGGCUCAGAUAUCGACUCACUGUUGAGGUACUUGCCGAAGAAGAAAAAACAGUCUUGGAGCAUGCCAUCAGCGAACUGAAGAAAACCUGCCAACGCAUUGAACAUGCACGCACCCCUUCUGCCCGCGGUAUGGUUUAUAUUUGGCCGAUUGUGGUCCGCGUCGGUUUUAUUAGCUUGAUUGAGCAGAGACAUCCUUUUGCCCUUGUGUUGCUAGCUUGCUACUGCACACAGCUACAUGUUUUCCGGGGUUUUUGGGUCAUGGAAAAACGUGCAGAAUCGCUCCUGUCGGAGGUCUUGGAAGUCAUACCACCUGGGUACGCAGAUCUUUUGGACUGGCCACGGCACUUUUGCAUGCAUGGUCCUGAUUUGGAGGAAUGGUGUGUCCUUCAUCCAAGCACGGAAGAAAUAGUUAGGUGA